UGUUCUUCAAUAAAGUUAAAACAAUAUUAAAAAAAUUUAUAUAAAUUUAAAGAAAUAAUCCUACAGCUUGAUAAUAGCUACCGAGUUGGUUCUGAGUUGGUGAGUAGAAAAUUUAUAUCACUAUACUAAACUUUUCAUUUCUCUUAAUCUCUAGCUAGAGAGAAAAAUCAAGAAUGGGUGGUGGUAGUGAUGAUGCAGAAGAUCAAAUUUCUUGUAAAUCAAGAAAAGGAAAAAAUUAUUAUUUAUGGAAAUUUUCAUCUUCUUUAAUGAAACUACUGCUGUUUUUGGUUCCAUUAGUGGUUCUGUCUGGGUUUCUUGCUAUUUUGGGUCCUAAAUUUUCAGCUAUAAAUUUGGAGUUUUUAUCAUCAUAUGCUGUGUCUGUAAAUUCUUCUUUCCCGGUAGUUUCGCAUGCAAAACUACAGAGUGUUGAGAAUUUGCAUCCAAGUCCCACGGUGGUUGUUGUGCCGGAGGAGGCGGUGGCGGUGGUUGGAGUUCAUAAUGAUACGGCGGCGCCGGAGCAGAAGAAGUUCAUUUCUGAUGGUAAUAGUCAGUCUAGUACUCAAGAGCUUAAUGCAACUCGAGAAAUGGAGACGAGAAAUGGAACUGGCAUUGCCGAAUUGACUAAUAAUCUCUCCAACAACGCUGCACAUCAGAAAUUAGGAUUUACCAAUUUAGAAAGGAUUGAAGCCGGUCUCCAAAAUGCUCGUGGCGCAAUUAAAGAAGCUAAAAAUGGAAAUCAAUCACAUGACUCCGAAUAUGUUCCAAUCGGCCCUAUGUAUUGGAACUCAAAAGUCUUCCACAGGAGUUAUUUGGAAAUGGAAAAACAGUUCAAGGUCUUUGUCUAUGAAGAAGGAGAACCGCCGGUAUUUCACAACGGUCCUUGCAAGAGCAUAUACUCUAUGGAAGGAAAUUUUAUUCACAGAAUGGAGAUAGAUGACCAGUUCCGAACCAAAGAUCCUGAAAAGGCGCAUGUCUAUUUCCUUCCCUUUAGUGUAGCAAUGAUGGUCCAGUUUGUCUAUGUGCGCGAUUCACACGAUUUUGGUCCCAUAAAGAGGACUGUGCGGGACUAUGUUGAUCUCAUCGCCGGAAAAUACCCCUACUGGAAUCGAAGCAUUGGAGCCGAUCAUUUCAUGCUUGCUUGCCAUGAUUGGGGGCCGGAAACUUCGUUCUCCAUUCCUCAUCUUGCUAAAAAUUCUAUUCGUGCGUUAUGCAAUGCAAAUACUUCGGAAAGAUUCAACCCAAUGAAAGACGUUUCAUUCCCUGAAAUCAAUCUCCAAACCGGUACAACAGAGGGCUUUAUCGGUGGGCCAUCUCCGUCAAAACGGUCAAUCUUGGCUUUCUUUGCAGGAGGGCUUCACGGCCCUAUAAGACCUAUCCUUCUUGAGCAUUGGGAAAACAAGGACGACGACAUGAAGGUGCAUCAAUACCUUCCUAAGGGUGUAUCUUACUACGGCAUGAUGAGAAAAAGCAAGUUCUGUCUCUGUCCAAGCGGUUAUGAAGUUGCAUCCCCGCGAGUAGUGGAGGCAUUAUACACAGGAUGCGUCCCGGUCCUGAUUUCAGAUCAUUAUGUAGCUCCUUUUAGCGAUGUCUUGAAUUGGAAGUCAUUCUCAGUCGUGGUUCCGGUGAGCGAUAUACCUAACUUGAAGAGAAUACUGACGGGUAUAACACCGAGGCACUACAUUAGAAUGCAAAGAAGAGUAGUGAAAAUAAGGAGGCAUUUUGAGGUGAACUCUCCGCCUAAGCGGUAUGAUGUUUUUCAUAUGAUUCUUCAUUCAAUUUGGCUUAGAAGACUAAAUGUUCAAAUCCGAGAUGAUCAAUCAUCCAUCACCAGCUGAUCGAACGCGUAGGUAAUCAGAUUAGGGAAUUCUUUUUGUUAGAUUAUAUGAGAGACGAUAAUUAUCCGUAAGAGAACGUGUAACAGAAUAUGUUAAAAAAGCUGCUAGUAUGUGCCUUGGUGCAAGAUUAUCAUGUACUGUAUGUUUUUGCUGCGCAUUGGACAACAUGAAGAUUUCGGAGUCUGCUUCUUGAUGCAUGAUUAUCGAACCGGUUCAUUGUGCUUUCGAAAUUUCAUAUGUAUGAGUGUGAAGAUGAACAGAGCACGCUGCUGACAAAUUUUGAUUACAUAACUUUGAAUUAAUCAUUGUAUAACA